AUGGAAAAUAAAACGUUCUCUUCAAACUCUCUCCAUUUUCUCAUAGUGCUUUUGCUUCUUUGUACCAUUCUUUGCCGUAUAGAAUCUUCCCUUCCUUUUGAUCACCAUGAACCACUCUCGAUCACCGGGAGGAGGAUGAUGAGUGCCAUAGGAACACCAUCAUCAAGCAGUCCACACGCUCCUGGUGGAGGCGGCGGUAAUGGGAGAAGACUUAUGAGUGGAACGGGUGUAGAAGCAUCAACAAGUGGACAUGGUGGUGGUCACAUUCACUAGAAAUAGUCUUUAACUAUAUUGUGUGCUUAAUUUCAUAUUUUCUGCUAUCAUAAGUCAAGCUUUUGAAGUGUUUCAUUGGUGUAUCAAUAUAUCAUAUUUUACAUAAAUGCUUAGUUUGUUUUAUAAAGUUUGAAUAUUGCAUUAUAUCUUUCACUA